AUGGGAAAUGGCAAUCACUGCUCCUUCGUCCUGCUUGCUGAGUUCCAUAUCUUUGAAGGUGCUCAGCUCAAGUAUCAAUUUCCUCAGCCUUUAGGUAUCGAUGAAAGUGUUCUUGCAAUGUCCAUGCUUCCAGACGGCGCCGAGACCCAACUGGAUGACUGGACCAUUUUCUUUCUCAACCAGACACCUUUCAAUACUAUCUCUCCUGUACUCGCCCUGGAUACGCCUGAGGUAUCACCAGUCGGACUUCCAGGUGGCGAGGUCAACGGCGUUAAAAACGACAAGCCUGAACUUCUGUGUGUGUUGAACCUGGUUAGAACCAAACAUGACAAGUCGCUAGAUCGGGGAGCCAAAGUGCUCGCGCUUGCGAUCUGCACGCGUCAUCCAUUCAUCCAAAUCUUCAAGCCAUUCCUUCUGAUGGCUUUGGACGACUAUUUUUCGGACCCUUCCCAAGACUGCCUCGCGCGCCUCUUUGAUGCCGUCAACUCCAUGGACCUGUCAGGGGCUCCUAUCUUAACUCGACAGGAAAAAUUGAUUAUGCGUUCUUCGGAACGUAAAGACAUCUUCGCAGAGAAGUUUUCUCAUAUUGCUUCUCAACAAAGCUGGGGCUUUGGUAACUCCAGCCUCGGUUCGAAAGCCGUUUUUAAGCAUAAAUCCUCUCAUUCUAACGAAUCAUCGUCGAGCUUUGAGGAUGGGCUCCUCAUGAGGAAUCGAGAAAGAGACCGCCGUCAGGAUGACAAUCGGAUCAAAAGGCAGGACCCACAACCAGAGAAAGAUUUUGAAAAUGGUGUCCCGCAACCUGGUCAAAAUCAUUCACAGAAUUCACCCUCAGACUCAUCUUUCUCGCUAGGCGGAAGUGCAGUCUGGGUUGGUGAUGAAAGUGGGUUGGACUUGGUCCCAAAAGGUCACGCAGGAGAUUCGAGUAGUCUCCUGUCCCUUGUUGGAAGUAACACAUUGGUUAGCUCCUCCAGAAAACGCAGGUCAACGGAUGCGUCUUCAUUCUCAUCCCAAACUCAUGGUCGAGAGCAAACAUAUCGACCACUUAACCCUCAGCAAUCACAUUCUUAUUAUGACCCACAUCUGCGUUCUGGGAUGGCCAAAGAUACCCAUUUCUACCAUACCUCUGUGGCGUAUAAAGAUCACCACUUGCCAAUCAAAAUGCCAUUAGCCACUUUUUCCGAAGAAGUUGGAGAUUACUCAUUAAUCACCCUUAUCAAAGUCUUUUCUUCUUAUCAGCAGGUUUCCGGACCCCUGCACCCUCACCUGCAUACAAACGGUCCACAGACUCAUCCUAUCAUCAUAUUGUUCAACGCACUUGUCACCGGGAAGCGUAUCAUCUUCCUGGGACACAAACGGCCUGCCGGAGAAGUUUCAAGCUUCGUUCUUUCUGCCUGCGCACUUGGUUCUGGAUGCGGAGCCGUGUUGAGAGGGUUCGUUGAACGUUCCUUUCCAUAUGCCAAUUUGAACAAUAGAGAUGAAUGGGAGGCAGUCCCUGCCUACAUUGCGGGAGUGACAAAUCCUAUCUUUGAGUCGUCGCGUCAGUGGGAUUUGCUACUGGACAUUGGCUCGGGUAACGUCACCGUCGCCAAAGAUAUCCAUAUGACAUAUCCAGCAACGAAUACUGUAGGAUUGGGUGCCCCCACUAUCACCCGAUCGGGUACCCUGAAGACUGAAUCCUCUGUCGGCAGCGAGGACGACAUUGCAAGGAUCACCAGGGAAGGAUCAAAGUCUGACUUUGCUGCCAAGGACAAUAAUGCCGAUAAAUUGUUUAUCGAAGACAUACGUGCGGCCAUUGAAGACCACUUUGGUGAAAGUUUAGUACGUACCAGAUUUACUGAAUAUGUGAUGCGUUUUGUUCGCCUCGCAUCUCGGUAUGAAGAAGAGACAACGGGUACCACAAAAUUCGGCUUUCCGAGUUCCUUGUUUUCAGAAAGUCCAGGUAGACUCCCACAUCUUGGAGGCGGCAUCGCUUUCGGCGACGAGGCUACAUGCUUCAAGGAAUUAAUGGCCAAUGCUCAUCGCAUUGAAGCGUGGCGAAAAACAAAUAGCUAUCAAUAUCUUGUCACGGAUUACCCCAAAUACCAAGCAAACCUGGCGAUUAAAGGCUUUGAUGUUCUCCAUCAGCUCUUUCGCCUUCGAUACACAAAGAAUAUCACAGAAGCUGAGACUUUGGCCAUCAUGCGUACUCUUGCAGACAAUGUCAGGUCUUACGAUCAAGUGGUGGAGCUCCUGUCUUGGCUCCCUCAUGGGGGGGGUUUGUUGUAUCUCGGUUUUGGCCUGUUACACCAACGAGAAGGGGUGAGAGAUGCAACGGUUGAUUUAUUUAACCAACUCCGCGCGUAUCCUGUGGGGGUUUUGUUCUUGCAAGCUCUCAACCAUUUCCAACGAUAUGCUUAUGUGCGUCAAGCGCAUGCAAGGGAGAAGAGAACUGAGCAACAGCAAUUUUCGGAUGUUGCUCACCCCACACCUUUGGCGACAUUUUCAUCCAGAACACAUUCAAAUUCGAUCGGGGCUUCUGGCUAA